AUGCAGGAAGCGCCAGGCGCGCUGCCCACGGAGCCAGGCCCCAGCCCCGUGCCUGCCUUCCUCGGCAAGCUAUGGGCGCUGGUGGGCGACCCAGGCACCGACCACCUGAUCCGCUGGAGCCCGAGCGGGACCAGUUUCCUCGUAAGCGAUCAGAGCCGCUUCGCUAAGGAAGUGCUGCCCCAGUAUUUCAAGCACAGCAACAUGGCGAGCUUUGUGCGCCAACUCAACAUGUACGGUUUUCGGAAGGUGGUGAGCAUCGAGCAGGGCGGCCUGCUCAGGCCGGAGCGCGACCACGUCGAGUUCCAGCACCCGAGCUUCGUGCGCGGCCGCGAACAGCUCCUGGAGCGCGUGCGGCGCAAGGUGCCCGCGCUGCGGGGCGACGACAGCCGCUGGCGCCCGGAGGACCUGGGCCGGCUGCUGGGCGAGGUGCAGGCUUUGCGGGGCGUGCAGGAGAGCACCGAGGCGCGGCUGCGGGAGCUCAGGCAGCAGAAUGAGAUCUUGUGGCGGGAGGUAGUGACUCUGCGGCAGAGCCACGGUCAGCAGCACCGGAUCAUCGGCAAGCUGAUCCAGUGUCUCUUUGGGCCACUUCAGGCGGGGCCCAGCAGUGCCGGAGCCAAGAGGAAGCUGUCCCUGAUGCUGGAUGAAGGGAGUGCAUGCCCAGCACCUGCCAAAUUCAAUGCCUGCCCCCUACCUGGUGCCCUCCUGCAGGACCCCUACUUUAUCCAGUCGCCUUCUACUUACAGCCCCUCCCAGAGACGACCUUGGGCCUCAGCCCUCACAGGGCCAGGGGCCCCAUCAUCUCUGACAUCCCAGAAGACUCCCCAUCCCCUGAAGGGACCAGGCUUUCUCCCUCCAGUGGUGGCAGGAGCCCCCCCACCGCUGCCCGUGGCUGUGGUGCAGGCCAUCCUGGAAGGGAAAGGGAGCUUCAGCCCCGAGGGGCCCAGGAGUGCCCAACAGCCUGAGCCAAGGGACCCCAGGGAGAUAGCUGACAGGGGGCCUCUGGGCCUGGAGAGGGGGGACCGAAGCCCAGACAGUUUGCUGCCUCCACUGCUGCUUCGGCCCCCGCCAGACAGUGUGGAGCCUGCAGGGCCCCUGGAUGUGCUGGGCCCCAGCCUGCAAGGGCGAGAAUGGACCCUGAUGGACUUGGACAUGGAGCUGUCCCUGAUGCAGCCCUUGGUUCCCGAGAGGGGUGAGCCUGAGCUGGCAGUCAAGGGGUUAAAUUCUCCAGGCCCAGGGAAGGACCCCACGCUCGGGGCCCCACUCCUGCUGGAUGUCCAGGCUGCUUUGGGAGGUCCAGCCCUGGGCCUGCCUGGGGCUUUAACCAUUUACAGCGCCCCUGAGAGCCGGGCCUCCUACUUGGGCCCGCCGGCCAGUCCCUCCCCCUGAGACCGCAGGCCUCUGAAGCCAGCCCAGCAGAGGAACCAGUCCGCGGCGCACACUCUUCUUGGCUUCCUGGCGCCCCCUGGCGGGGGGUGAGCGAAGCCCCCACGACUCAAAAGCCUCUCUCCUUUACCCCGACGAGCCCUGCACAUAAACUGCAUUUUUUU